AUGCCACCUAAAGCCGCCCAAGAUGCCUCUGCCGUGCCCGAGGCACAAGGGCUCAAGUAUGACGAAUCCGAAAUGGCCCUCUUCCACGCCAAGCUGUCAUACCAUUCCACGAUUGAUGAACGCAUGGCUUCCCAGGAUAGCAAUCUCGCAUCUAUCUCAGAAGCUCAGGCCAAGAUACUCAAACGAUGGGAGAUGCUUAAGCAACUUGAGAAGGAGCUAGCAGAGAAAGGGAAGAGCUUGUCGCCGGCCGACAAAAGGCAGCUGGCGCAGUAUGAAUGGAGGUACAAACACCUGGAGAAAACCGCAACUAUGACCACUACUGGAUAG